AUGUUAAACAAAAUUAUUUCACUUCUACUUAUAUUUCUAGCUGUUCAAGGAAUUUUCGGAGAACAAUGUUUAGAUGACCAAUGGCCGCCAAAGCCCGAACGAGCUGUACCAACUUAUGUUGUCAAUUUGGAUGAUCCACCUAUGGAACGUUGGAAUCAAGUUGCAACUGCAUUCAAGAGUGAACCUGCUAUGGCCGACACAUUACCAGCACCUUAUGGUGAUGAAAUGAAAGGCAUUAGUCAAGCAACAGGAUUACCAUUAGGUGAAAUCGUUCUCUACAAUAUUUUCUACGAAGCCUCUGCGCUCUGUACAUCGAUGGUAGCUCAAGAUCAAUAUGGUAAUGUUUUCCAUGUACGAAAUCUCGACUUUGGAGUUUUCGUCGGCUGGGACAUGUCAAAUAAUACUUGGAUAUUGACUGAAAAACUUCGUACAUUGAUUGCUCAAAUCAAUUUUACCCGAAAUGGUGAAGUACUCUAUAAAACAACGACUUUUGCAGGAUUCAUAGGCGUACUCACUGGUCUGAAGCCGAACGCAUUCAGUGUUUCAGUCAAUAGUCGUACGAGUUUUGAUGGUGGCUAUGCAGGUUUAAUUGAAUGGAUUUUUAACAUUAACCGUAACCAAUCAUUUAUCACAUUUGCCAUACGUGAUAUGCUUACAAAAGCAGAAAGUUUUGAUGUAGUCGUUAACUACUUAAGUGAAACAGAACUCUUAGCUCCUUGUUAUUAUAUCGUUGGUGGACCAAAGCCUAAACAAGUAUCUGAUUAUUGUUUCUCAUAUGCUCCUUAA